AAGAUAUUCGAACUUGUGUGUCAAAGAUUAAUAUUAAUUAGGGGAGGAUCUCUCUGUAAAUAAUUUAUUUUUGCUCUUGGUCUGCCAAAUCACGAUUGAUUACUUAUGUAGUUGUCAUUUGGUCAUCAUCAAACCGGCCGUACGCGUCAAGACCAAUGUCAUGCACAAUUAUUAAAGUUCGCAUUGCUACAUAUUCUUACAAUAGAGAUGGAAACCUCACGAGCUGUGAGAUUAUGCAUCCGUGUUGUGAUUCUAACAGUUAUAUUCGUCCAGGUUUUGUCGCAUCACGGCUGCGAUCUCCCAACUUGCGAUCAAGGUAGUAACGAGAGAAGAAAUUCUCACGAAUUAUGGUACAAUGAGCAGCCUGGCUUUGUGCAUUCGCACAUCUUCAGGAUUGAGCAGACAAGUUCGAUUCAAACAACAAAUUGGCCAAUUGUGAAUGAACCACCGACAUCUCUACGCGACGUGCAUGGCGAAGUCAUGGAAGAUGACAACCAAAAUGAGGGGUCUCACGAUGACCGUGCGCAUAGAGACAGCCAAACUGCAACGAUCACUGGGUCAAUAGAUCUAGUCCGCGGAACGGGUGCGAUGUCAUGCACCGCGUCCUUUAUUGUUACAAAUUCCACCAUCAUGUUCAAAGACCCGAAUAGAAAUGACACGACCUCUCGACCACUCAUUCUCGAAGGCCCGACCAUUUUUCCUUUCAUAUUUUUUUCCUCUGAUCCUGAGGAGCAAGAUAUUCGAAAAGAGCUUCAUAACAUUUGCGUUCCUCAAGGCGAAGAUGUUUGGAAAACGAAUCUGAGACGCUCCCUCGUGUUCAUGCUCGCGUCCAAUGUAAACCUGUAUCAAGACCUAAAAACCAAAGGACCAAAGGAUUUUCAUCGAAUUUCAGAAGAGGAAGCUCAACUAAUGAACGAAACUGACCUGUUUGGUCCUAGCGAAGAGGGUGUAACCAAUUACGGAAUGUAUAUUUCUGACAAUGAGACAUCACCCACUGGACUCAUGAAAUUACGUGUGAGUCCCCACACUGCUAACCCUCACCAACUGACAGCGCUUCGCACACUGUCCAAGGAAAUCGACCUGCAUUAUAAAAACUCAACGGUUGUGGAAGAACUAAGGACAAAGGCUCCCGUCGACGUGGUGGAUGGAUUUUAUUCAGACUGGAUGAAAAUAUUGGACCCAUUCUCCAAUUUUGGUUUGACCCUUUGCUAUCAAACUUUUAGGAACGGAAUGGUCGAUACUGCCCACUGUGGGGAGCUGCAACGAGUCGCAACACAGUCUUACCUUGCCGUCGAUGUCACCACCAUGGCAGAAAUAAAAGCAAUCAAGAAAGAUAGUCCAAUUCCGGCCAACACAGCGCAGUGGAAAUCUGAUGGUGUGCCAAUGAACAAAGUGUCGAUGAAAUAUGACUCAUUUUCUACGAUUCUCAACAGCGACGCAGCCAUAGUUCAGGACUUCUCAAGACUCUUGUCCGAGCUCUGUGAGAACGUUGACAGCCCAAAAUCACUGCUCGACUUUAGAGAGAGAAUUCGAACGAUUAUGCCUCUAAUUUCUACAAAAGUACUGAAAGAACAGUUCGCUAUUUUGAAAGAGAAGCAUUGCGGUACGACAUCAGCUUUUUUGAAUUUGGUGUCUUCAACCCCAUCCGAUGACUCAGUGGAGUUCAUGGUGGACUUGAUAACGAAAAGAGACGACGCCGUCAAUGAGGAAAUAUUCGCCAAUUUCUUGUGGACGGCAACAUUAAUGCCAACAACUGAACGAGAUGAUUUUCAACGCUACGCAGGUCCUCAAUCCAUUGAAGCGUUGCAAAAGCUGUUGGAUGGGAAAGAGUUUUAUCAUCGUAAAUAUGGGAUGUCUGAUUCUGAAUUUUUACUUCAUAUGGUUGGACUUUUGGACAAGGAACGAAAAUCGGAGGAAAUUGAAGAUAUUGUUCCUGGCGCAAUGUACGUUUUAGAAAUAGCAGCCUUCAUCUCCGCCGUGGAGAACAAUGGGACAGAUGACUCCAUCGAUCGUGCCACGCACCUCCAAAUAAUUCGAGCUCUUGAAAAGUAUAGUCAACAAAUUGACCCGAAUAGUGACGACGACGAUGACGACAUAAGUGACCCAUACGAGCGUCUCAUAGUGAGCCAUCCUUGCUCCAAAAAACAUGCCACAUUUUUAGCACAAAUAUUGGAGGAUGAGAAAUUCGAAGAAGAUUUAAAGAUCAUGGCGUACUUGUUUAUGAGAAAAUGCUACAUUCCAGAAUGGAGAGAGAUGGUUAAAGGGUACGUCAAGAGCAAGAAGGCAAACGAAGAGGUCGUGCACUUCAUCGUGCAGCAUGUCGAAGCAAUCUCAGAGGGGUACAAUUCUCUCCAGUAUGCAGAUGACGAAGAAGAAGUUGCAUCUGCAGUGGAGUCCACAACGGGAAAUGGGACCAGUGAGCUGGGUUACACAAUCUUCUCAACGAGUGACACAGACAUUAAGCUUUAUGGUCACCGAGAAGUUAAGAAGGCUCAGAUCGGGCUUGAGAUUAAUGUCGUAAAAGGAAGAAGCUUUAUCCCGAGGUUGGUCAGGAUGCAGGUGCAAACGUUUGGGAACGAUGGAGAACAAACCAAUGUCGAAUUAGAGCUGUUGAGGCUGGAAUCUGGCAAGUCGAAAGAACCUGAACUUUUGGUGACAUUCAGUGAAAAUAGCGUGGCCAUGUACACCACAACAAUUACGUUGGACCAGUCAAAACUCCUCCAACUUUUGCAGGAUGGCAGUGAGUCUGCUUUUGUAGAUUUCCUUGCAAGCUUCUCCAUCAUGAAUCGACCGUUUCUUACUAAAUUUCUGCAAAACAGAAAGUUGGAGGUUUUCAAACGAGUCCUAUUUCACGAAUAUCGCCGGAACUUUCCAAGUCUAUCUGGCCUUCCGAUAAAAUCCAGAGUCAAUUUGGACUGGAUUUUCUCGCACAACUUUACCAAUCAUUACGAACAAGGGAUUGAUGGGGAAAAGUUGUACAGUUUAAGGUUGAACCCGGCCAUUUCUUGUCAAAUGUUAGAACAAAUCUCUGUCGGAUUCGGCCACGAUGAAAUUUUGGGGUACCAACUAAGUUCCGGAAUUAAUUUAAACUACAACUUGGAGUUGGUCCUAUCCCGAAGCAAGGAUGGCGUGUACAAAGCCAAGAUUGGUUUCGGACGUGACAAAUCCAAAGCAAAAUACUUCGAAUUUGUGAGUAUUAAUAUUUUGAAGCUGGAACGAUAUCAAAUACUGCUUGAUUCCUCUGACGUCAAAAAAUCAUCUGGACAUAUUUGGAAGUCAAAACAUGGACCCUCCGUCGACCAAGUUGAGCUGGAGACAUAUUCAGACCUGCUCAAAGACAGGAUUUGUAGAGCAGAGCACGAGUUGCAAGGAUUAUUUGCAUCGGGACCACUUUUUCUCUCAGGCAGCUACCUUUGUGAUAUACCGUCCGCAAUUAUUUUUGAACUUUCACCCACCUUUGACAAUCAACAAGUGUCGCUUGGCUUGAAAGUCUAUCCGGAAGGGGGUUACUCUCAUCAUGACGAAAUUCCUCAUUAUUUAUGGAGGAUUGGAAUACGUAGAAAUCAGACCGAAAACUUCAGGUUGUACGACUUUCAUGUUCAGUUGGUAGAUCCAUCCAAACACCAUGAAUUAAAUGUCACUUUACGAUUGCAAGGAGAAAUCCCAAUGGAACAAGUUUUGACCGUUAACUACUCGGGAAGUAAGGGAUCGUAUGGGUUCGAAAUUUAUAAGAAAUUUUCGGGCUAUUCCCAGUACCAUCAGUCUCCAAGAGGCGAAAACCAACGAAGAAGACGGUCGACUGCAGCAGGACUUGGAAAGCUUACAUUUGGGAUUACGGCAUGGUCACCCAUUCCUGGUUAUGAAAAAGUUAAUGUAAUUGUGGGCGAAAUGAGUCAUGUUCCCGAGAAAAGUAUUCAUGUCUUCAUCGAGACUGAAGGAAUUCAUCCGAGUCUAAAUUCAGAGCUGCAAUACACCAUGAGUAAGGAUAACGCAGCUACCGUAAACUUACCCAUGUCCAUCGACGGUGAAGACUACACAAUUCCAACGGCAGAUAGGAUUAAACUAACAUUUGAGAUGGAAAAUGAUGAGUUGGGUAAGUUCACGUUAAAGAAUAAUGUCCUCAAGUUCCGUUCACCGGUUCCCAAGCAGACAAGGGAUCGACUUAAUGGAACUUUUGAAAUUACCUACGGGCGGAGGGAGUGGAACACAAUUUCUGGAGACUACAACGCUUACAUAAAAACUUUUCCAACUACAGAGGACGAACAGGAUGGUUGGGUCGUUUCCAUGGAUCUAAAGGAAAAGGUCGUUUCGAAAGACAUGGGGGUUCAGUGUGAUAUCCGGUUUUCCCAGUUUGCAACCCUGGAUUUUACCUUAGAAUCAAAGUGUCAUGAGAUAAAUAGAUAUGAAUUUAACGUCAACCUGACUAAUGACACCGACUGCAUGAAUGGAACCCACAGGGCUAACUGUCAUAGUGAAGUGUGGUUCAAACAUAGUCCCAAGAACGUCGUUCAAAAGGUUACGUGGGAACUUGACAAAACGUUCGACGAGGUCGAGAAGGACGAUGAGGGGUGUCGACUUUGGAAAAUAAUAACAAAAUUGGAUGUGGAUCUGCCUGGUUUCACGUUGGUGCGGUACUACACAAAAGAAAAUAAUUUCAAGAAAAGCAUUUCGCUACUUGAGAUUGGAUUCCAAUUUGGCUUAAUUUUCGAGUCUUCUUCUUUGUGGAGUCGCGUGUUUUAUAAAAUCGAUGAAGUAACUCGCGAUUUUCAUCCACGCCCUCAAAUUGUAUUUGAAGUGUCGGCCAGAGAAGCGGAUGGUGCGAACUACAUGCUUUUGCUUGAGCAAAAGUUGGUUGUAAUAUCAGAUCUGUUAAUUGACUACAAUGGAACCUUGUCCUUGCCCCGAAUGGGAUUAAAUUACAAGUUGGACGGGACGCUGGAGCCGGCCUACGCUGGAAGCUGGUUUAUUUAUAAGGGCUUCAAUAUUGGUAUUAAGACAGACCAAGAGGGAAUUAAGCCUUAUUCAUUCUCUUUAAAAGAAAUCUCGGACGAGGAUUCGGCCAAGCACUACAAACUUUUACUUACAGGACAGCAUCCAAUUUUUGAUUCAUCCGUAAAAUUUCUGAAAGCAAAGUCACCUGAAGGUUACCUAAUGUCUGUAAAGUCAUCAGUUCCUGGAUUUUAUAAUAUAAAGGCAGACAUGGGUUCUGGAAUUGCGCAUUUUGUACUGCACAUUGACGGCGAAGAGCUAAAAGUUCAGGGGAAAAUUGGUUGGCCAGGGGAUGCUACCCAAGAUACAUUAUUCAUCGUUAAAUUGGAUGCCACCAACGUUGAAACAGGUCAAUCUGUGCUCAGCUUCAAUUCUCUUUCUGAACUCAAGCACAUUAAUUCAUCAAACUCGAUAUAUUUACGUGAUUUUCAAAUCAUUAACUUUCCUGACAUCCUGGUAAUAUCAAAAUCUGAUUUGCUGAUCAGCUACCCAAUUGGAGCUCCCCCAAUUAAUAAAACGCUCGACGUUUCAUUCCAAUUGCUUCCCCAUGAGGAGCCACAGCGUCCAAUUAUAAGCACGUCCCUCGUGGACGGAAUCUCUGGAGACAAAUAUAGUGCCCAAAUUAGCUCACAAGUCAAAUGUUUAGAAACGUCAUGUGAUAUGCCCAAUCUCGUCGUGGGUCAGUGGUUGGUUCUCGAGAGGCCUUCCGUGACGCCCUACACUUUCAGCUGGACAAUGACACCUUCCUACAAGGAAAACAGCCAACGACCACUCUCAGCCAGAAAUCGGGUCCUUUUCAAUGAUUCCCUAACUCUUCAGAUCGAAGUCCAGAUGUCACACCACGGGUUCUUUUGUCCCGAAUUUGAUACUGAGAUUGACUCACGAUUUGUUGGGACCCGUAAAGGUAGAUACUGGGCAGAGUACAAUGGCGAUAAAGAAAACCCAUCGAUGAGGGAAGUUUUAUUCCUCAACACGACGGCUUCUGUUAGUUUUGAUUUCUUGGUUAAGGCUGCCGGCGUGCAAAGUUUGGCGGAGAGAAAUCUUCACGGUGAGGUCACUAGGAUCGAGUACGAGAACAAGGCGGACUCUCUGUGGGGUGGCUACUUCCGAACCGCGGGUGGAAGGCGGGAUGACUUGAAGCUGCACUACAAUGUGACUCUUCAAGAAAAUAACUCACGCCAUCGCUUUACUGACACUACGAAUUCAUCUAAUCCUGCACAAGCCUCAACACGGAUUGAAGGCUUCCUUCGAGACGCAUUGAACUCGAGGAUGUUUAAAGAUAGAUUUACAGAAAUUGGUUGGAGUUGGAUUUCAGGGAUUGAUGGCGAAGAUUCAGAUGAAGAUAUUAAAGAUGUUUCGGAAGGGACUCAUCGGGUCAACGUAUUUUUCGACAGUUGGCGUAACUUUGAACUACAAGCGGGGCACACGAUAAAAAGCAUCUUGGGAGAUUAUUCUUGGACUGACAAGUUGUACUCGGUCUACCCCGCCGAAGAUGGCUUAUCAGAGGGCACUUGUGGUAUCCAGUCAUCUAAGUUGUUCAGUGGAUCUGCGAAGACCAAGUUGGGAGGAGUGGAAACCAUGGUGGAAAUUCUGUACCCUAUGCUGCGAACUCGCCUGACUUCCACGUACGAAACUCCUGCACCUGAAGCAGGAGACCCAUUCAUACAUAUAAAAUACAAGCUGAAAUGCUCCUCUGUACUUUUGAACGAAGACAUUUUGCUGGAUUUUAAUUCCGGUACAGCCCACAGCUCUGCUGGUGUUGAAUACAAGACAUAUCUCGUUUACAACACCCCGUGGAUUAUCAAGACUAAUUUUACCAGCCACAUCAAACGACAAAAGGGACAAUAUGCAGAUCUACACGGAGAAUUUGUGACGCAUACAGCAACCUCGAUUCAAGAUCCAAGCCGAUAUGGCAGCAGAAUGGAGUGGAAGUCGAUUUCUCUUAUACUUUAUGAAAAUCAGCGUCAAAGUGACCCUAUAUUUUUGCAUUACGAUUACGACACACAAGUCUCAAGAUAUUAUGCAACUAAUGCAAAAUACUCACCGAGCUAUAAAUCUUCAGGAUCAUUCUCGUCAACUCCUGGACCUGCACAGCAAUUGCUUCAGCUCCGUCUGGACAAAAAACGCAGUUGGAAUCCAGAUGAUUGCAUUAUUGAAAUUAAUGAGGCUAUGAUCCGAUUAGGGCGCCUUGUUGACGCCAAGGAAAUCAAAUGCCAAGAGCUAGAAAGUUACCUUUCAACGUUGCUGGAUAAUGAGAAGUCAUAUGACAUGGAGAAUAUUAUAAAAUUCUAUAAAUCCAAGCUUGCUUGUGGUCGGUGUCGACCAAAUGGGGAUUGCAAAGAGUCGGUUGGACACUUUCUACUAAAUUCAAUACAAACUAAUGAGAGUGUGGACGCACUCAGCUUAAAAAGUGGACAGUUGCCAGCGUCAAUUCAACAGAAUAACUUGAUCCAAGCAGUUUGGUCGGAAGAAGGAUCGUGUUCCUCGGAACGUGCUGACUUCAACCUUUACAGGACGAACAGCUUGGAAAAUGGGGACAAGAUUUGCGCCAUGGCUUUGAAGGACUUGGGAGGUUGUUGGGCAGGGCUGAAGGCUGCGAAAUGUAACAAGUCUGCCAAAUCUAAGGGGGCCAAGCUCUGGAAAGAUAUCGUUGCAAAUAUGAAUCCGACAGCAAUCAGUGGGACGGCGGAUGGUAUAAUUUCAUAUUUGGUUUGGUUUUUCCACAUGUAGAAUGUGUAGAAGGACUAUUUUUAUGCGACAGCCAUAUAGAAGAAACAGAAUGGUUCAUUGUUAAUUUCUCAACAAAUAAAAAAGUUUGUAAGGCAUCAAAAGUAGUUGCGUGGAUCACUAUUAGAUACAUGUACAUACAUAUUUGUCCAUUUUGUUAAAAAUUUAAACUGUACUUGGGGACUUAUUACAUAAAUAUACAAAGUUAACCAACUGCCUAGGCGUACGUAUUUAUUCUUAUUUAGUUGCUCAUCAAUAAUUCAUUCUGAUGAAUCAAAUAUGUUAUUACAGAAGUGUGGUUACUCAAUGAACGACAUUAUGCACAAUAGCAAAAUGGAUAUUGUAUUAACUAUUAAUAUGGCGGACCAGCGUAUGAAAUUACCAUUAAUCGGCUAAACACCCCUUGGUAAAUGCUCAUUAUGGAUUCAAAUUGUCGAUUAUUUGUAUAUUUUGCACACCUGCUUAUUUUAUCCUUGACAUUGGACUAAUGUUCCACGAAAAAUGAGACUUGUUUCUUUCACGAUUCCUACAUACCAAGGCGUUUCUUUAACAACUCCUUCGUAGUCCAAUUAAUUCAAGUUUAGUGAAUUUGAGUCCCAAAAUGUUACAAUCAGUCCAGUUUCAAACCUUUUUGAUUGCCAUCUUCAUGUUAUAUCGCUCCAAUGCCCAACUGGCCCCUGAGACCGACGAGUAUGAGAACCAAGAUGAGAACGAAGGACUUGAAUUCCGACUUUUGCAAAAUCGAGUUCACAAAACGGUCCCAUCAAUUCUGCCAAUAAUAAAUGCGAACCUUUGGACAGGAAUCCCAUGCUUCAAUCUGAACGAAACAUCCUUUUACAGUUCAAGUUCGGGCGAAAGUAUAAAAUGCAUAUGCGGGAAAGCAACGCGAUCACAACUUCCCGUGGUUCGAGAUUACAAAACUUGGCAGUGUGAAACGACUUCGUUUACUGGAAAAACAACAACGAAACCCCGCUUUAGUCUGCUAGGACGGAAAACAACCACGAAAAAGGUUGUACUCCACAGAGUGGGUACAACCACCGCAAGGUAUCAGUUUGGUGGGGUGAAGUUCUCCUUCCCAACCUGGAAGCCUAAGAGUACCACUCAGAGACCGGGAUCUGGGGGAGAGAACGCUGUCGGUGUCGGUGGUGGUGGGGAUGGACUUGGAUUUGUAGAAAAGCCGUAUCGACCACCCCCACAACAACAUCAGCAGGAGCAACUCCAGCAAAAAGAUCCUGGAUGCAACUAUUGUGUCCUUCCCCCAGGCUCGUCAUCCUACAAAUGCACUCCUGCAUGGAGUUAUGAAUGCGUGGAUGAGUUGAGAAGAUUAAAUACUAAUCAGAGACCGGUGCAGUGUAUGGAAGAUUUUUGGACGUAUAAUCAACACACAAAAAUUUGCCAUUCACAAGACACGAAUCAACAAAUUUACAUGGUCAUUGGAACAAUCCCAGACUCUCAGACUUCAAUAUAGUAGUCGAAACUGAAUAUUACACAGUUUGACAAUGGUAAAUUAAUUAGCUUAUCGUGAGUCAUAAAUGGUCGUACUGUGGUGCAGAUAAAUAUACUUAUUUAGCUUUACUGAUUGAGAUUUAUUAAAUAAAUUACCUCGAAAAACA